GUUUUAGUGAAUCUUUUCCAAAAAAACAAUAAGCAAGCGAUCUAGCGAUGUUUCAUCCUUCGAGAGGCGGAGUUCGAGGUGGAGCUGAUCAGUUUGAGUGGGAAUCUGUCAAAUCAGACAAACACAGAGAGAAUUAUCUUGGACACUCUUUAAUGGCUCCAGUCGGAAGAUGGCAGAAAAACAAAGAUCUUCAGUGGUUUUCUCGCGAUAAGAAAGGAACAUCCAGUUCAAAGGAAGCAGAAAAAGAGGCAAUCAAAAGAAUGGAAGCAGAUGCAAUGGCAGCAGCAUUAGGACAUGCACCUGURAAGAGGGCUGGGACAUCACAACUCACCAAACAGGAACUUGAAGAGGUUUUCAGAAAAGGACAGACAGAACGAGAUGACAAAGAUAUAGAAAGAAUAGAAGGAAUGGGAUUUGGAAGCACCAGAGCCAGUUUAAUGGAUUCAGUGAGUACAAAAGAAACCAUGUCUGCUAUUGGCAGCCAGAUACCCAAGCAGCAUGGCAAGCAAGAAGACAGAAGUAAUCAGGCAAACAUGGAUACAAAAGAAAGUAGAAGGAAAAGAAAGAAAGAAAAGAAAGAGAAAAAAGAAAAAUGGAAGAAGAAAAAGAAAAGCAAGUCAAGUAAAAGAUCUCAAAGAAAUGACAGUCCAUCAGAUUCUGACAGUAGUGAUACAAAUGCAAGAGAUGGAGAUCGGCACAGGAGAAGACAUUCGGAMAAUGAUGAUGAUAAAAAAAUUAAAUCAAAGGCUAAAAGAACGAGGCAUGACUCAACAUCAGAUAGCGAGUCAGACUCAAGAAAUGUCAGGAMAUCUGACCUUAAGGCUAAAGUUUCUAAACGGAGGCAUGAUUCAACUUCAGAUGAUUCAGAUGGCGAACCUCAUUCUAARAAGAAACAAUCAUCUGAUAGAAAGAAGACAAAAAGACAUUUUUYAUCAAAGGAGGAGCACAAGCAUAGUAAAGAUGAUAGAAAAAAACCCAAGAGACAAAGACAUGAUUCUUACUCAGACUAAAUGAUUAGGAUGCCACUUUUUUUUACAGUGAGGACACGCUAACCCUGUGGUUAGUGUGCCCAAACAUUAAAGUUUACGUUUUUUAUUUUUCCACUUUUGAUGUGAAUACAAAUUGUUCACCAUUAUAAUCCUUUUUUUUAAAUCUACUUCAUUAUGUCAUCCCAUCAGUCUUUCUUCUUUCAAUAAUGUGUGACCCCUGUCAUAGAAUUUUUUCAGAAUGAAAAAUAGACCUUAUUCGUGGUGUGACAAUGUUUUCUCAAUUAAAUGUGACAAACCUCUGCGGGAAUGAAGAGCUAUUAAUUUGCAACUCGUCGGGAUAUCAUCGUUAUUCCUUUCGUAUCCUUUGGAAUAGUCAUGAAUUUUUCAAAGAGUAAAAAUGAAUCCUCUGGAGGUUUGUCACGCUGAAUUGGGAAAACAUUGUCACACCACGAAUAAGGUCUAUUGUUGCCUUUGAUCUGAUCUUAUUUACAACCAGGUUGGUAAAUGUUUGAUCAAAAUAGCCUAAAACAAAAUCAAAUGGUAUCUAUAGAAGUUACUUAAUACCUACAUACAUAAUGAAGGUUGCACAUGCAUGAAGCACUCCAACUAUUAACUAAAAUAUAAGUGUUGAAAAAUGCAUACAAAGUCAUGUACGUCAGUGUGUAGGCUGUGUUUUUAGUAAAAAAUUUUAAAUUUGUCAAAAAUUAUUCAUUUUUGUAAAAUAGCAAUAAUUUCCACUGAAAAUAUUUUCCUCAUCAAARGCUUUUCUUCAYUGAGUUAUUUAUUAACUACAGUGUAUCUACUGUUAUGAUUAUUGAUUAUAGCAUUUGAUAUGCAAMGAUUAUCCUYGGRAACCCAGGGUUAAARUUCUGUCRCAARCAAGGGACAGAAUUUUACCCAUGGUUUUUUCCUGGGGAUCUCCAAAGAUACACUCUUAUUCCUUGCAGCUUUUUAAAAAUUUAAAUAGCUAAUAGCC